CCCCGGGCCCGGGCCGGGGUAGGAUGGGAUGGAGGGGAGGGACGGAGCUGCCCGGUGCAUCCCGCCGUGCCUCAGUUUCCCCACAGGGCAGCUUGCCAUGGCCGACCCCAGCCACAUCCAGUCGGCCGCCUCCAAGAGCAUCCGUCCCUUCCGCUCCAGCGAGGAGUACCUGGAGGCCAUGAAGGAGGACCUGGCCGAGUGGUUCAACACCCUCUACGACCUGGACAUCCAGGUGGACACCUUCCUGGAGAGCCUGGAGACGGGCUGUCACCUCUGCCGCCACGCCAACAACGUCAACCGCACCGCCCUGGACUUCCAGGAGCGGCACCCCGAGGCGGCCGCCCGCAUGCGUGUGCCCCAGAACGAGGUGGUCUUCCAGGCCAAGAACGUGGUGCCCGGCUCCUUCAUCGCCCGGGAUAACGUCUCCAACUUCAUCCAGUGGUGCCGGCAGGACCUGGGCAUCCAGGACGUGCUGAUGUUCGAGACCAACGACUUGGUGCUGAAAAAGAACGAGAAGAACUUUGUCCUCUGCCUGCUGGAGGUGGCCAGGAGGGGCUCCAAGUUUGGGAUGCUGGCGCCCAUGCUGAUCCAAAUGGAGGAGGAGAUCGAGGAGGAGAUGAGGGACCAAAUGGCCGACGGCGUGCUGGGCACGCGCCGGGAGAGCCGGGACCCCCAGGCGGGCGCCUACCCCGGCCGGGCCCGGCCCAUCACCCUGGGCGACCUCAAGAACCUGGACGAGCUGGUGCGGGAGAUCCUGGGCUGCUGCUCCUGCCCCUCGCAGUUCCCCAUGGUCAAGGUGUCGGAGGGGAAGUACAAAGUGGGCGACUCCAACACGCUCAUCUUCGUGCGGGUGCUGCGGAGCCACGUCAUGGUGCGCGUGGGCGGCGGCUGGGACACGCUGGAGCAUUACCUGGACAAGCACGACCCGUGUCGCUGCGCUGCCCUCUCUCACCGCCUGCCCCAGCCCCGCGCCCCGGGCGUGUCCCCCCAAAAAGCCGCUGCCGGCACCUCCUCGUCCCGCGCCUCCAGCCCCAGCACCCCCCGGCGGCCCCGGCCCCCCCCGGCCGGGGCGGAGCGGGGCCCCCAGCCCCGGGGGGACCCCCCGAAGCCCCCCAAGCAGGAGGGCUUGCCCCCCCGGGGGGGAGCCCCGCUCCGCCCCGGCAGCCCCGCCAGGAGCCCCGCGGAGCCGCGGGGAGCAGGGACGCCCAGGCCCCGCGCUGCCGCUCGCUCCCGGCGCUGCUCCGGUGACAGCGACUCCUCGGCCGCCUCGGCGCAGAGCGGCCCCCGCCGCCCCCCGGCCCGCCGGGACCCCGCGGAGCCGCCGGCCCCGGGCUCGCCCCGCGCCCCCCGCAGCCCCGGGCGCGGCCCCGCGCCGCUGCUGCUCAUCCGCCGCCGGCCCGACGGGCAGCACUCGUGGGCACGGCCCGAGUCCCCCGCGGGGAGCCCCGGGGCGCGGCGCGACCCCCGGCCCGGCCCCGGGGACCCCGAGGAGCUGGCGCGGAGGCUGCGGGCGCCGCGCUGGCUGGAGCCCGGGCAGGAGCAGCGGCUGUUCCAGCGGCUGGAGGAGGAAUUCCUGGCCAACACGCGGCUGCUGGAGCAGCUGGGGGACACGGAGAGCCCCCCCCCCGCGCCCCCCGCCGCCGCUGACUCGGCCUAUUGCUCCUCCUCAUCCUCCUCUUCCUCCCUGAACGUCUUCGCCAAGCACGGGCUGCCCGCCGAGGACGGGCGGCGGGGCGGGGGCAGCGACGGGAACAACAACGGGAACAACACCGGGAACCACGGCGGGUGCCCCCCGCUGCCGUCCGACCCCACCGUGGCGGAUGCGCGGCGCCGCUCCACCUUCUCCAGCUCCUCCGACGAGAGCUGCUGCUUCCCGGCCUCCUGGGACAACCGGGAGACCGCGGGGAACCCCGGCUCCGACACCGACUGGGCCACCGGGGACGACGAGCUGAUGGAGACGGAGGAGAGCCCCGGGCCGGGGGUCCCCGCGGCCCCGCCGCGGGCCUGGGCCAAGCCCCGGCUGGACACGCAGCCCCACAAGACGCCCUCCCGGAUCCCCACGCCCCGGGGGUACGGGGCGGGCGCCCAGCGGGCCCCCAACGGCAGCCCCAGGGCCUGGGGGGCUGUGCAGAGCAUCCCCUCCCUCCUGGAGAACCCCUGGGCCCCGCGGGAGCGCCAGGGGCUGGAGGAGAACGCGUGGCCGUGAGGGGUCGAUGGCCCUGGCAGCCCCUGGGGACAUCCCCGAGCUGCUGGGCAGGGUGGAGGUGGCACCUGAGUGGGGACACCCGGCCCGGCGAUGGCCACAGAGCUGGGGUGGCCAGGACCUCUGCACUUGGUGACUGUUGGCAUUGGGGUGGGCCCCGCAAGGAGCCCCCAGCCCCAGCCAGGCCCAAGGGUGCCGGGGUGUCCCCAUGCCCUGGGAGCAGCUCCCCAGGAGGGGCCAGCGCGUGCUCCGGGCAGUGGUGGCCAGAGCAGAGCUGGGAAUGGGGCUGGAGAGCACCCGGUUCUUCUCCUCCUGGGCUCUUCAUCCUCAGUCUUCUCCACUUGUUUUCUUUAUCGUAACCUUCUCAUCUUGUCUUCUCCUCCUUUUCUUGCUAUUCUUGUCAUCCUCCUCCUCAUCUCUCUCCUCUUCUUUUGGGCUGCCUCCUCCUUCUCUUGUCUUCUCUUCUCCUCUUGGCUUUCACAUCCUUUUCCCUCAUCAUCUUCCCCUCUUCAUGGCCUCAUCAUCACUGCCUUGGCCAUAUUCACCUCUCCACCCCUGAGACGACUCGGGGACAUGCAGUUUGUCACCACAAGCCCUAUUUCAGGGCAGGAGAAGGUCCCCAGCUGGCCCCAGCACCGCUCACAGCUCGUGUUGAUGUCCCCAGGGUGGGACAGGGCUGUGCCCCCAGCCCAGGCCACCGUGGCCCCCACCCCUGCAUGUCCUCUCCAGCCAGUAAAGACCAACGGAGCUGAGCCCA